AUGGAGCUGUUCCAAAAAGCCAAAACGAUUCGCCUGAAAAGCUAUAGGGACAAGUACCUGACAGCAGAAGAUGAUGAAGAAAAUGUAAUCCAAGAUCGUGAUGGCUCAACCAAGAAUUCAAUAUGGACAGUAGAAUUCGUCCCAGGAAGAGAUGUUAUACGCUUCAUAAGUUGCUACGGCAAAUACCUGACGGCCUCGAACAUGCCCCUCGUGCCCAGAAUGCCCGGAAGGAAAGUUAUUCAAACUCUUCCAAAUUGCAGAGAUCCAAGAAUUGAUUGGGAACCCAUAAGGGAUGGUUUCCAGGUCAAGCUUAAAACGCUUUGGGGCAAUUAUUUACGUCCAAAUGGUGGUGUGCCACCUUGGAGAAAUUGUAUUACGCAUGACAUCCCACAUUUCAGCACAACAUAUAAUAAAAUUUUGUGGGAUGUUGAGGUUGUUGAGACUCGUCCAAUUCCUGCUGCUCUUAAGAACCAUAAGCGAACGCAUUCUGAUUUUACAUUUGACAGAUCAAGAUCAUGUUCUGCUGCUUCUUCUUCCUUCAUGUCACAUCAACCUAACGUGAUGAAUUAA